AUGUCUGAUCCAACUUGUGAAGACGAUCUUUGUGAACUUCCAAAAAAGCUUUUUACCUCUAACGGUUCAGCUUCUCCAACAACAAACAAUGAUAGUUGUACUAGUAGUGGUAACCACGGAUUUUCACAACCUCCACCUUAUGAACAUGUCAACCAAAGGAAUCUUUCAGCAACAGCAAAGGAUAACAUUCCACUAGCUUUGCUUAACGAUCCUAUUUUAUCACAAAUAACUUUACAAGAUGGAAAUGGCAACAAUGUCCCAGUUUCGGACAUUGUUAAUAAAAUUAUUGGUUUUUAUUUUGGUGCUACCUGGUGUCGUCCAUGUCAAAAAUUUGCUCCUAUUUUAUGUUCAUUCUUAGACUCCCAUAAAUCAGAUUUCGCUGUCAUUUUUGUAUCAUUGGAUCGAUCAGAGGCCGUUUUCGAGGACUAUGUAUGCACUAAACCUUGGCUUAAUAUACCAUACACGCAGGAAUCAUUACGUCAAUCUCUUCGGUCAAAAUUGUCUGUUUCCACAAUCCCUAACCUAGUAAUUUAUAAUCCUGCUGCUACAAAACAAAAAGUUGUUACCACAUGGGGUAAAAGUGCUGUGCUAAAAAAUCCCGAUCAUUGCAUAGAGGAAUGGAGACGAGGAAAUCAUGGCAUUAGUUGGUUGCAGUUAUUCAAAGGAAAUGCAUCCAGUCUGCCUCUCUGGAUUGCUAUCACAUUGUUUGUCGUUUAUUUUUUCAAAUAA